AGCGCUUGUAAGUACGAUUUAAAGCCACUGCUAACUUGCCUGUAUCUUGCUCAUGGAUUUAACUCUAAAAAAUCAAACACUAUUUUUAAAAGAAAAACAUUGACUAUCAACUCCAUUUUUUUUAAAGCUACUUAUAUUUUUAUUUAAUUUUACAAAUAUGGCUUUGAAAGACACCAUCCUUCCAAUCAGCGAGAUGUCAUAUCCCUUCCCAGAUGUUGUGGAACUGAAUGUUGGAGGACAAGUUUAUGUCACAAAACAUUCCACUCUCACCAGCAUCCCAGACAGUACUUUGUACAGCAUGUUUUCCAGGAAUAAUGUAAAAGAGCUGCCUAGGGAUAACAGAGCUCGUUUUUUUAUAGACCGUGAUGGAUUCCUCUUCAGGUAUGUCUUAGACUUUCUGAGAGACAAACAGCUGUCUCUUCCUGAUCACUUCCCCGAAAAGGAAAGACUUUUAAGGGAAGCUGAGUACUUUCAGUUAACUGAUCUCGUGAAGCUUCUGACACCCAAGGUUGUAAAGCAAAGCUCUAUGAAUGAUGAAGGCUGCCAGAGUGAUAUAGAAGAAAACUCCCAGAGUAGUGACCUAAUGCGAACUGCGGCACUAGAUAAGAGAUCUGGCUUUAUCACUAUAGGCUAUCGAGGCUCAUACACAAUGAUCAGAGAUAACCAAGCUGAUGCAAAAUUCCGGAGAGUUGCCAGGAUUAUGGUGUGUGGCAGGAUAGCUCUGGCCAAAGAAGUUUUUGGAGAAACCUUGAAUGAAAGUAGGGACCCAGACCGACCACCAGAGAAGUACACUUCUAGAUUCUACCUGAAAUUUACCUAUCUGGAACAAGCCUUUGACAGGCUUUCAGAAGCUGGAUUUCAAAUGGUAGCUUGCAAUUCAACAGGAACAGCAGCUUUUAUUAAUCAGUACAGGGAUGACAAAAUCUGGAGCAGCUACACAGAGUACAUCUUUUACAGAUCCUCACAGAAAUCCCUGUCUCCAAAACAAGAUUGUGAAGAAAGAAAGCAUGGAAAAGUGACAGACAAAGGUAGCGAGAGUGGGACAUCAUGCAAUGAAUUAUCUACUUCCAGCUGUGAUAGCCAAUCGGAAGCCAGCACGCCACAAGAAAAUACAUCUGUGUUACAGCAUGUAACUCCUCAAAAACAAAAUACCUUAACUCUAGAUCGUCCAUCAAAGAAAAACCAGGUUCAUUGGGUGCCACAACCAGAAAAACGUAGGAAUAGUGAGCUCUUUCAGACUUUAAUUAGCAAGUCUCGGGAUACAAACCUGUCUAAAAAGAAAGUCUGUGAGAAGCCAAGUAUUGAAGAAGAAAUGAAAAAAUGUAUACUGGAGUUUCAACAAAUUAAAAUACCAGAUUAUUUUCCAGAAAAAAAGCGUCCAUGGCAGAUGGAAUUAUUGGAAAAAUAUAAUGUCUAGGAACAAUCUGUUUACAUAUAUCUUGUUCAAGUGUUUUUUGUGAACAUCAAAUCAGUUCUUUGAUUUUAUCUGCUUAAUGACAUUUUAAAAAAACACAAGGAUUUCUGUACUUACAAUAAUCAUGUAAACAAAAACAAAUGGCAAGUACUCAAAAUCAUAAUUUGCAUGAUUUUAAUUUUACUAUCUAUCCACUUCCAUUACAACCUUUGCAUCAUAUAGAUGAUUGAUGCAGAUAAUUGUUCACUUUAUGCUGUUAAAUUUUCUUUGUAACAACUUCUAUGACAAAAAUCGCCACAGAUAAAAUUCAAUACCAGUUAUUAAGUGAGCAUUCCUAAAUGAGCAUCAUGUGAAUGCAAUAAAGUAAACGUAUAAAUAGCAUGAGAAUGACUUUAGAAAUAAAACAUCAAAAUACAGUGAGGUCUUUGUGUUGCCUGAAUAAAAAAUAUAUAUAUUAGAAACGUAUGUUUUUCUAUGGAACAGGAUAAAUGGAAUGUAAUGUUUUUUUGAUGA